AUGGAUUGUGAUAUCAUGACGAGUGAUAAGCCUCAUGCUGUGUGCAUCCCAGUUCCACUUCUAAGUCAUGUUAUGGCAAUGCUAAAUGUUGCAAAACUUCUCCACCAAAGAGGCUUUUCCAUAACAUUUGUCAUCACAGACUAUGUUCAUAAGCGCAUAAUCAAGUCAAGAGGCCCCAAUUCUCUUGAUGGCAUUCUUAACUUUCAGUUCAAAACCAUUGCCGAUGGUAUUAUGGCGCAGGGCACUGAUAUUGAGGCACCACAGGACAUGGCCUCUAUUUGUAUCGCCAUUUCUAACAAUUUCUUAGCUCCAUUUCGUAGCCUACUUUCUCAACUCAAUCAUGAGGCUACUCCGCCAGUUAGUUGUAUUGUUAGUGAUGGUGGUUUGUCGUCGUUCACCAUUAAAGCUGCCAUGGAAUUUAACAUUCCUAUUGCACACUUGUGGUCUGUUAGUCCUUGCAGCUUUCUGGGUUUUAUGCAUUUUGGUGAUCUUGUCAAGCGAGGGGUGAUUCCAUUUAAAGAUGAGAGCUAUUUAAGCAAUGACUAUCUCAAUACUACUAUAGAUUGGAUUCCAGGGAUGAAGAGUAUAAGACUUAAAGAUCUACCAAGUUUCAUUCGAACAAAUCAUGAAGUUUUGGAUGCUCUUUCUUCGAUGCUUCCUCCAAUUUAUACUAUUGGUCCACAUCACUUACUUUCAAGGCAAAUCAAGGACCAAAGUGAAGAAGCAAUAGCUACAAAUUAUUGGGAAGAUAAUCAUGAGUGCAUCACAUGGCUUGAUUCCAAGGAACCCAACUCAGUUAUUUACGUAAAUUUUGGAAGCAUAACUAUAAUGACAUUUAACCAAAUCACUGAGUUUGCAUGGGGCCUUGCAAAUAGCAAACAACCCUUUUUAUGGAUCAUAAGGCCUGAUCUUGUCAACAGCGAUUCACCCAUUUUAUCCCAUAGUUUUCUUGAAGAAACAAAGGGAAUUGGGAUGAUAGCUAGCUGGUGUGCUCAAGAGGAGGUUCUAAAGCACCCAUCAAUAAAAGGGUUUUUAACUCAUAAUGGAUGGAAUUCAACACUUGAAAGCAUAUGUGGUGGAGUGCCAAUGAUAUCAUGGCCAUACUUCGCCGAUCAACCAACAACUUGUCUAUAUUGUUGUGAGAAAUGGGGCAUUGCAUUGGAAAUAGAUAAUGAUGUGAAGAGAGAUGGAGUUGAGAGUUGUAUCAAAGAGCUUAUGGAAGGAAAGAAAGGCGAAGACAUGAAAGCCAAAGUUAUGGAGUUGAAAAGAAAAGCUGAGGAAUCAUGUAGACAUGGAGGCUCUUCUUACUUUAACUUGGACAAGCUAAUAACCGACGUCCUAUUAUCGAAAUGCUAUGGUGAAGUGAAGUAGUCGAAGUCUUCCCUUUAGCCCAACAAUAAAAACUUUUAUUGAAAUUCAAUGUCGUUUUAUUUUUAGUAUUUAAUGAUUUAGACUUUGUAAUUUAUAACAUUUGGAGU